UGCAAGUUGUUUUCACCUCUGACUACUCCAUGUAUGUAUAUGUUGCACUACUGUGUAACCACAAAACAACUCCUCAAAUCACUCUUCUUCACCACGUGCUAGUGCUCACUCAGUACUACUAGCUCAGCACCAUUAUAACGCCUGUUCUCAUGGGUUUUCAUUCUUUUCUUGAUUUUUGCUAGAAUUCAUGUCCAUUUGUUACUCUCUUCCCCUCAAUUCUGCAUUUUGCAUUGAUGGGGUUCUUCCAUUUCUUGAAAACACAGCUUAGUAGGAGUUUGCAGCUCAAUUUGAGUGCCAUUUCUAACUAUGUUAAUCAGCUCAUUUCUUCAUCAAUUGUAGACUGUAAAGUUAGAAUCUUGACUUCAUUGGCUUCAAUUCUUGGGUUUAGGAAGCUAUGUUUUCUUGAGCCAGUGAAGUGUAACAAAUCAUUUGAAGAUGGCAAACAAUCAUUUGAACCCUCCAAAUCCAAUGUUGACAAGAAACAAGAAAAUGCUGUUUCUGCUUAUCAAAGGGUUAUUGAGAAGCCAAAACACAAGAAAACCAACAAGCAGUCUAAGGAAUGGAGAUGUAUAGAUAACUGCUGUUGGAUAAUUGGAUACUUGUGCACAACUUGGUGGCUGCUUUUAUUUCUAUGCAAUUUUUUGCCUGCCAAUUUUCCAGGACUUAAGCUGCCUGAACCACCUGGGACUAGACUCAAAAAUGAAGGCUUAAUUGCUCACCACCCUGUAGUUUUGGUGCCCGGGAUUGUAACUGGAGGUCUUGAGCUUUGGGAAGGUAGGCCUUGUUCUGAAGGCUUAUUUCGUAAGAGACUUUGGGGUGGUAGCUUUGCUGAAAUAUUCAAGAGGCCUUUAUGUUGGUUGGAGCAUCUAUCUUUGGAUAAUGAAACAGGGCUUGAUCCACCAGGGAUUCGAGUCCGGGCAGUGACAGGAUUAGUAGCAGCUGAUUAUUUUGCUCCUGGUUAUUUUGUUUGGGCUAUUCUUAUUGAGAAUUUGGCAAAGAUUGGAUAUGAACAGAAGAAUAUGUAUAUGGCUUCUUAUGACUGGAGACUAUCCUUCCAAAAUACAGAGAUCAGAGACCAAUCUCUGAGCAGGCUAAAGAGAAAAAUUGAGCUUUUGUAUGUAACAAAUGGUAACAGGAAAGUGGUGGUAGUGCCUCAUUCAAUGGGAGUAAUCUAUUUUCUCCAUUUCCUUAAAUGGGUUGAAGCGCCUCCUCCCGUUGGAGGGGGUGGUGGCCCAAAUUGGUGUGCCAAGCACAUCAAAACAAUCAUGAAUGUUAGUCCAGCGUUUCUUGGAGUUCCAAAAGCUGUGGCCAAUAUAUUGUCUGCUGAGGGAAAAGAUGUUGCCUUUAUCAGAGCAGUGGCUCCUGGUCUGUUAGACUCUGAGACCUUUGGUUUCCAAACCCUUCAACAUGUUAUGAGGGUAUUUCGAACAUGGGACUCUGUCGUUUCAUUGCUGCCGAAAGGAGGAGAGACAAUUUGGGGCGACCUGAAUAGGUCCCCAGAAGAAGAAAAUGUAUGUCAUUCAGCAAAGAUGCAAUACCUGCAAUCCUCUUCAAAGGAGAACAAUGGAAAUGAUACCGGCCCUCGGAGGACUUCCGAAGUAAUACGGCGUGCGAAAUACGGAAGAUUAGUUGCGUUUGGGAAGGCAGCAUCUGAGUUACCUUCUUCACAGCUCUCCUUUAUUGAUUCAGAGGAAUUCAUGCAUGAAAGUGCGCCCAUUUCCAACACGUCAUGUGAAGAGUUGUUGACAGAGUAUGAUGAGAUUAGUCGAGAGAGCAUCAAGAGAGUGGCUGAAAAUGAAGCAUACACAGCAAGAACUCUCAUAGAUCUUCUCAGAUUUGUAGCACCGAAAAUGAUGCAGCGCACAGAGGCACACUUUUCUCAUGGAUUAGCAGAAAACUUAGAAGAUCCCAAGUAUAGUCAUCACAAGUAUUGGUCAAAUCCACUUGAAACCAUGUUGCCAGAUGCUCCAGAUAUGGAAAUUUACUGCUCAUAUGGAGUGGGAAUUCCCACUGAAAGAUCAUAUGUCUACAAGAUGUCACCUUCUGACAGAUGCAAGAGCAUUCCUCUUCAAAUUGAUAGCUCUGCAGACGGAAGCGAUAAUGGCUGCUUGAGUGGUGGAGUAUACUUUGUCGAUGGCGAUGAGAGCGUGCCAGUCGUGAGCGCUGGCUUCAUGUGCGCAAAAGGAUGGCGAGGCAAGACACGUUUUAACCCCUCGGGGAUUUCUACUUACGUGAGAGAAUACCAGCACAAGCCACCAGCUAGUUUGCUGGAAGGGAGAGGCACAGAAAGUGGUGCCCAUGUUGACAUUCUGGGGAACUUCGCCUUGAUCGAGGAUGUUCUACGUGUUGCUGCUGGUGCCUCAGGUACAGAGUUAGGUGGUGAUAGGAUUUAUUCGGGUAUCAUGGAAAUGUCGGAACCCAUAAAUAUUCGGUUAUGACAGCAAAGCAAUUUUUGAUACAUGGAUGAAGAACAAAGUGAGUCAGAUAAAAGGGUUUAAAUAAUAUAGAAGAUAUGAGUGCAGUAACGUUGUUAUUAGCUUUACGGAAACAAACGACUUAAGACAGAGCCUCAGGAAGGAAUCAGGACAUAUGAAGUGUGUGGAAUCAGUAAGGUGGGAGUCAAAAGGGUAACUAUGCUAGUGACAAUCAGGGUGACAUUUCUGACUUUUGGAAUCUCCUAGUAAUAUGUUCUUAGCUUCUCUGAUUGUAAAAUUCUUUAGGUCUGAGGUGUGUAAUGAUCAGAGUUUCAGUGUUGAAAGUUUUUCGCCAAAUUUCUGUCUUGAAUUACACUGACCAACACUUUAGUAACACCUGCUGGGGCGUCACUCGGAAAAGUUGAGCUUUUCUCUGCUGAUUACAAAGGUGGAGCAGUAAUUAGGAGUUUGACUAUCACUUUAAACGUGAACACUGAAGAAAUACUUUUAUGCUUAUGAUGCAGACUGGACUUGUUUUGUUUUUCUACCAAUCUUGUUCCAAUCACAAGAUUGACAAGCAAGAACUUGACUUGCUUGGAUUCAAGGCGAAAACAAAAAUAUUGGCCCUAAAGCUUUAGCAAGAUACGAUGAACCUGAUCAGACUGAGCAAUUUGUAAUUACUUGAGUACCGUACCAAAGAGUUUCUUUCACAGAACAAAACUCUUUCUUCUCAGAUACCCUCUCCAAGUUCAAAAUAUCAAACGAGGUUUGACAUAUCUUUUCUUUCAGAUAAGACCAGAUGAAAACAAGGUUUAUAUUCUACGGGAAAAAGAAAAAAAAACAGUUCAAAAUUCCCACUACAAACGAGAAAAUUGUCUCCUCGUGCCUUUGCUCAAUCUAACUGCUUGGGACAACCAAAAUUCUGCAAGCCUGGCCAACAAGGUAAAGAGAAUUGUAUCAGUGGAUCCACUGAGGAUAGGAGUUUCGAACUGUUGGAAAGACAAACCAAAAUUAUUUUGAGUAUUCACUGUCCAUGAUAGUAUAAUUAGUUCCUCAUUCCACCCCACCCCCCCACCCCCCAAACCCCCCUU